AUGAGCCAAAGAGACGUCUUGAUCGUUGGAAUCAGUGGCUGUUCAUCCAGUGGCAAAACGACAAUUGCAAAACUGAUAGCAGAGCUUCUACCUGGCGCAACUUUAAUUCACGAAGACGAUUUCUUCAAGCACGAUGAUGAGAUUCCUUUAAAUAAGAAAUUUGGAGUCAAGGACUGGGAUUGUCCUGAGGCUCUAGAUUUGGAUUUAUUUGGUCAGGAACUGGAUCACAUCAAGGCUACAGGCAAGAUUUCCGCCAAAUUGGUUCAUAAUAACAACGUUGAUGACGUAUCACGAUUCUGUGUAAGUAAAGAGACCAAGGAAACACUGAGAAAGGAAUUUAAUGCGUUUGAAGCUGCCAGUGACGUUCACGUUGUAGUCGUUGAUGGAUUUAUGAUGUUCCACGAUCCCAAAAUCGCCUGCAAGUUUGACCGCAAACUAUUGAUAAGGGCACCUUACGCCUCUCUCAAAAGCCGGCGUGCAGCAAGAUCUGGAUAUCAAACGCUUGACUCAUUCUGGAUCGAUCCACCCUUUUAUUUUGAUGAAUUCGUCUACAAAUCGUAUGCUAAAAACCAUGCAUCUUUGUUUGAGGAAAACGAUGUGGAAGGUAGAAUAAGGAAAAAUUCGGGUGUCCAAGACUAUGUGAAUGACGAUGGCAUGGAUAUAAACGAUGCGCUACUUUGGGCUUGCCAUCAAAUCGUCUCGCCUUUGCCGAGUUUUUCUUCAUAA